AGUCAGGCCGCCCUUCAGCCACACCCCCAAAUGCAUUACGCCGAGUGCCGCCCAUUACCAGCAAUCAACGAGACAUUUGCGCAAUUUAGCCAGCAACGUUCGGCAAUUUCGCUGCUUUCGCCACUGGAUCUGUCCUUGCGGGCGGCAGCGAAUAUUGUGGUGCCAAUAACGCCACCAUCGACGCCGUCGCCGCCACGGAAGCGUCAAAGAUUAAUGUCCGAGGAGAAUUAUCUGUGGAGGCCGCAUAUACCGCUGCCAACACUGGUGAUGCAACCACCACCGGGAGUCGCUGUCGCAAACUAUUUUCCUCAUCAACAACAUCAGGCACAUCAACAGGCUCAACUGGGGGGCAACUGUUACGGCUUACGUGGCUUUGAUGGUGGGGCAGCUGGCAGCUAUGAUAAAAGUCAUUUUCACAGCGUAAAAAGCAACUUGCCACAAAUUCCGGCAAGUCAAUCGAGCGGCAUACACGUGGAGGAUGAGACAAUUGUGUUGACCGAGGACGAGGAUGAAACAGUUGUCAGUUCCCAUGACUACAAUGAGUAUGCGACGGACACAGACAACGAGGACGACAGCGCAAUACAAGUCAACGAUGAUGAUGAAGAGCAAUCAGCAGACCAUCCUGAUGAGCCUCAGCGGCAUCAGGAUGAUGAUGAGGAAGAGGUCUUUGUCGAUAUCCUUGGCAACGAUGAUGAUGAGCAGCAGCUGCAGCAGCCACAACUGCUGCUGGAUGUUAAAGCACUCAAGCGCAACGAGUUGAUCUAUGACGAUGAGGAGCUGCAUCAUCAGGCAAUCGAUGGUCUUGCAAAGCUCUUCGAACGUGACUUUGGCCAGUCGUCGAAGGAGGCACUCGAACUUGAGGCGGAGGCACAAGCAGCCGCCGACGAACAAGCUCACACGGAGAAGGUUUAUACGGACUUAAGCAGCAGCUGCCCAACCAAUAUCCAAGCAUCUCCUGAGGCACACCGCGAACACUCACCUCCGCUCCAGCGGAAACCGAAGACGGAAAGGAGACGGACCAAGUUGCGGAAACACGCGGCCAUCGAUGAGGAGACAAUUAGUCCCGUCUCCGGCACCAUUAUCCGCAAACUGCGCGACGAUGAGGAGUUGGUGGUGCGCAAAGGUGACAUUGAUCCGGCUUUCAACGUGGUCGAAAUCACCGAGGAGGCCAAGGCCAUAUUGGCCAGCAUCGACAAUAAGAUUGGCGCCUAUCUCUGUCAGCUGUGUCGCACCGUCUACGACGAUGCCUUCAUGCUCGCCCAGCACCGUUGUCCACGCAUCGUUCACAUCGAAUACAAGUGCUCCGAGUGCGAAAAGGUCUUCAACUGUCCGGCAAAUCUGGCCUCGCACCGACGCUGGCACAAACCCAAGUCGGAGAUGCAGUCCAGCAAGAAGCGGCCGAGCAGCUCCAGUGAAACCAGCGACGGCGCCAACACCGACAGAGAGAUCAACAGCAAAGCAGCUGGCGAAGAUGCCAACGAUGGCAUUUAUGCCUGUCAGCAAUGCGGCAAAUCCUUCCGACGCUACGCAUACCUUAAGAAACAUCAGGCCUCCCAUCAAAUGCUGGAGAAUCUCAAGAAUAUGGACUUUUUCAAUCCACAACAGCAGCAACAUCAACAACACCAACACCAACAACAGCAACAUCAUCAGCAGCAGCAACAUCAUCAGCAGCAGCAGCAGCAACAAUCGCAGGUGGCACCACAGCCAGCUGCAACAGGAGGAGCCUAUGUGCUGCCACGCCCACCACCUCAUUGCACCCUGUAUCCAACGGCAGUGGCCAAAAAUUAUGUGGCACCUCAGCGCUUCGCAGGCUUCCCCUUUCAGCAUUUCGAUCAGCGUCGCUUUUACUCCCUGGGCGAACUUUAUCUAUCACAGCAACUGGAACGUUCCUCGGCCUUUCAAUAUGUGCAUGCGAACCAUUUGCGGCAGCUAUCGAAUGUGGCACACAAUAUGUUGCCACCGAUGCCGGUCAAAUGACCCACUUCGAAUGUGCUGCGUCCAGUGCCGCGUAUUGCAUCCACAGCGACAGCCACAGCCACAGCCACAUCCUCAACAGCCUCUGCAGCCUCAGCAGCAUCCUCGACGGUGACCGGGCAACAGGACACAGCUCCAAGCUUCAAUUGGAUGCUGCCGGUCUCAACUGUGGCAACCACAACGCAGUGUGCGGCGACGAGCAGCGGGGGCAGUGUUGUUGUCUAAUUGCAAUUCACAUUAAUAGUAAUCAAUAAAAAAUUGUACUAGUUCAAGUUUAACAUAA